AUGUUUCAAGGAAGAUUUCUUCCACGAUGUUACAAUGGAUGGGUGGGUCAAGGAGGAAAGUUGAUACUUCAAGAAGGUCAACACAGAAAAGGCAAAAGCAAUACUUUGAGCAAAGAAAAUGGCAAGAGCAGCAGAAAAAAAAUGCAAGAGAGAGCUUCUUUGAUGAGAAAAGCCCAUGUAAUCAGCAAGAAAAGAAUAGUCGUUCACUUGAUAUUCUGAGUUUACUAAACGUAUCAACAGGUUCUGGGGAACACAAGUCAAAUGUCCACUCAGCAAGGCAUAUUUAUGAGGACAAUCAAAUGCUACAGCCUUCUCCAGUGAUUCAAACAAAAGAAGUCAUUUAUCUUGGCUCUCUUCAACAUAAGGAAGGAACGUCACCAAGCUCCCAAGAUUAUGCAGCCUGCCCAAAUCAUACAUCGGUUGGAGCACCUGGAGGUCAUGAGAGAGGUUUGUACAGCACCAAUGAUAAAGUAAACCCAUUGGCGAACUCUACAAGCAAACAACUCUCUAUCAUUGACAUACUUGGUGAUGAUGGACCGAACUAUGAGUUGGAAAGUUCAACUCAUGAAGGCCAUGUUGCAUUUUCGAUUGAAGGUUUAGGUAAAGUUGAAAUGUCUACCCCAAUUCAUUCACCGCAGCUACCUGGCAGCAGACCCUUGGCAUAUGGAAGGCCCUCACCCCCAAGGGCAAGGAGAAAAGCUCUCUCAUCUGACUACCUUAACAAGGGAAUAGAUGGAAUUGAACUUGAAUUGGAUAGCAUGAUGGUGGAUGUAGAACUACCUUUUCAUACAAGUCCUUUCGACGGAUCCUCUUGCUCCAGGGGAGUACAAGAUUCACCUGGCAGUGCAGAACAUAAGUUACUAGAUACCAAAUGGUUCUCCUCUAAUAACAAUUUCACUUGUCUGUACACUUUUGAGAAUGAUGAAAUCUUCGGCAAAAACAAGGGAAGUUCACAUACAAUUUUGAAUGCUAAUUCCAGCUUCCCACUUCCUGAAAGCUUUCAUGAAGAUUGUUGUUCAUCUCAUUUAGAUGCUGUUUCCACUGAUUUUUGGAACAACCAAAGUUGUGGGAUGCGAGAAUUCAACUUUGAGGACUGUUAUUAUCGGGAUUUUGCCAAUUCUUGUAGUGCCAGAAAUUAUGGGAAGCAAGACACUUAUUUUGAUGACUCUUAUCAUCAGAAGCAAAGUGUCGGGAUGAAAGCCAAAUCAGAAUUCAACAUAAUAGGUGCUUUACAUUUCUGCAAUAAGAGAUGCUCUUUUAAAAGAUAUGCACCUACUUCCUAUUCCAAGCACUUCAAACCAGAGAAUUUCAGUGUCUCGGAUGGAGAAUGGUGUUCCAUGGGAUGUACAAGUCCUCAUUUAAUGGAUUAUAUAGACCAUGUUGAUAGGACAUGGUUUGCAAAUGAAAAUGCAAGAGAUAAUUUGAGUUUAUUGAGCGAAGAAUCAUCCACUGCAGUGGUGGGUGACUUAGACACACAACAAAAGAUGAACUCAAAUAAUAAAAGGAGAAGCCAGGAGGUAUCUGAUGGGAGGAAAGAGACAAAAUUCUGUGAGAAGUUAUUUGCUAAUGAAAGAAACUGCAAGAGGAAUGAUAUUCAACAAGGAAAGCCAACAAAGUUACCAUGGCUACCAAACCAAUCAAGAGCAAAACCAGAAAAUUACAAUUCUGCAUUUUAUGAGAAGAGGUCAGACAUGAACAAUGAUGGACUGAGGGAGACAAGAUGUGGUCCAGGAGAGUCGAAUUCUAGAUUCAGAUCUUUCUACGAAACUUCAGUGUCCAAAAGAUAUGUAUCCACUUGUUCCGACUUCUUGGUUGGAGAUGUCCUUACUGAUCAGGAGCCUAAGUUACAAGUUGACUCCCUACACAACCUCGAAGGGUCUAUCGAAUAUCCUGGUGAAUAUGCACCCUCAUGUUUUAUGAUGGAACCAAUAACUUUUGAACCAGAUAGCCCCGCAUGCACCUUCAGGAACUUGUUUCAGGAUGCCAAGAAGGGAUGUGGUGCUGAGAAUUCAUUACAUACUCUCGGUUCCCAUGGCACAGUAACAGGAAACAUUGUAAGAGAUGUUGGAAGCGAUGGAGAUAAAGGUGCUGAUAUCCUACCAUUUGAUAGCAGCCAAUUUGACCCCAAUACUGAAGUUUCUGGUAGGUGCAAGAGUUUCUCAUCAGGAAAGGAAAAGUCUAUGGAUGGAUCAAGUUCUGUCAAUGAGUGUAGUAACUGUGAUGAACCAAAAGAAAAAACUCCAGAAGUGAAGGACAGGACAGGAUCGUUUAACUAUUCUGAAUGUGCAGAAGAAGCAUCUUCCUCUGUAGAGAUGUCCACUGUAUCAAAGGGGGAUCAGGACAGUUUAGAUAAAAAUCAGGAUACCCAAUCUUCACUUAGAUACCAAGCAGGAGAUGAAGUUACAAAAGAUGACAGCAGGUCUUCAUCAAAAGAAGGAAUGAUAACUACACGACAAAGUCACAACGUUCACCAAAAUGGGCAAGUGAUGAUGCUUGAGGCCGUGUCCUUCAAUUUUUACAUGUGCAGUUUUUGAAGGAAGCACAGGAUUAAAGAACUUGGACAAUGGAAUGGGGAGGGCAUGGAAGGUCUGACAAGCUUUGCAGGCAGCAAAUGAAGCGUAAAUGCCAAUUAGUGAACUGAGGG